AAUUGAGCAAGGCAUGGCAGCCCUUUGGCCUUAUGCUGCUUAGCUCCAUGCACCUCCGAGCACAACCUUGAUCCUACCCCUUUCUCCAAGAAGUAGCAACCAUAGCAGAACAGAGGAGAGGAGCAUAUGUCCAACGGCGAAAUUGAUUGAUAGCAAGCUCCAGCCUGCGUGAUUAUUCAUGCUGCAGUUGCAGUUGGAAGCUGCUCCGAUGACAUAUUUGGCCAGUUCAAAUUGACCGCCCUCCAUGGAUGAGAUAGAUCCACCCCAGCUGGGGAACGGAUAUGAUCCCGAAGGAGAGAUUGCUGAACCGGCUCUUAGUGAGGAGGAGGCAAGGGAGAAGAUCCUGAAAGCACGAGAGGAGAUGGAGAUCCUUCACGGGAGUAUUUCCAAGCUGCUGCAGCAUGAGGAUGAGGGUGGGCACGUCGUCAGUACCGCCCAUGGCCUCUUACUGUCGAGGUUCCAGUUCAUAGUGGUCGAGUUGAGCGGCAUUCUCGCGUCACUGAACGAGACGCUAUUGUCGGAGCUUGUGCUGAAUGAUGUCCGCGAGGAGGUGGUCUUCGGUACAACCCCCAAAAAACGUAUAAAGGGUAGGGGCGGUCAUUUUCACACGCCGUAUAAAAAUACCCGCCCGCCGUAG